UACGCGCCCGUCCCUGCCGCGUGCUGGAGGCUGGAGAGACGACCCGUGGCGCCAUCUGUUGAGCGGCCUCGCCCCAGCCCGGCCGCACAUCUGCGUCGUAGGCUUUCCUCAAAAUCCCCCGCUUGUCGUUUGUCACGUCCUUCCGACCGUGUGAGUCGUGUCUGUCUGCCUGCCUGUCAUUCUGUCUGUCCGUCUGUCUGUCUGUCUGUCUGCCAUUCUGUCUGUCUGUCUGUCUGUCUGUCUGUCUGUCUGUCUGUCUGUCUGUCUGUAUGUCAUUCUAUCUGUCUGUCUUCCUCGAGCUCGCCAUCUGGCGCCGGCAGGCAGGCAAGCAGGCAUAAAAGCCUGGCUGCGUGCGCUGCGCGGCCUGGCCUGGUGCGGACGGUCGUAGCAAUAAAUACUUUUCACCCUUCCCCCCGGCUGCCCCUGGCCGCUGCUCCGGCCCGAGAGCGUGUCCUCACUCAUCAACUUGAGCCCGGCCGCCACGCCCCGCCACCUGUCCCUCUGCGCCUCGCUGUGCGGCCCUUCUAAUCCUGACUCAUGACCCUGCGGCCUGCGGCCUGCCCCCUGUGGGCAACGACAGGCAACGACGACAAGGAGGCUGGGGGACGAAAAAAACACGCACGGAGUGAAUGUGUGUGAGAGAGAAUGUCUGUGUGUGCGCACCACGCUGUGACGCCGAAACAAAACCGUGUGACGUUGCCAGGCGACCGUCACGGCGUUCGUCGCGCCGUCAGUGAGCAUGGCGUGAAGAGGAGCGCAUCUCCGCCGUCACUUCGCCGUCGCACCGUCACACAGCCACAGCCGCAGCCAUGCACUCCAUGGGGCUGCACUCGGCCCUGGCCAUCAAGCGGCAGCGCAAGCGGCGCGACGAGCAGCGCCGCGCCCGCGAGCGCCGCUACUCGCAGCAGUCCAACGAGUCCGGGCUGGGCGAGAGCAACUCCAGCUUCGUGUCGCCGCGCUCCUCCGUGCGCGGCCGCCACCGCCGCCACCAGAGCUCCACGGCGCCGGACGAGAACAAGAUGAUGUCGUCCGUGGGCAUGCUGCACAUCGGCGUGGUCUUCCUGGUGGUGGGCGGCUUCCUGCUGGGCUCCGGGCUGCUGCCCGAGGACGUCACCUCCUGGAGCCACUUCACCACGAGCCAGUGGUGGAACGAGCUCACCAUCGCCGGAGGGUGCGCCAUCCUGCUGGGCGUGUUCCUCAUCGUGCUGAACCGCUACAUGGCCAAGCGGGAGGAGGAGGACCUCACCGAGUACGUGCAGCGCCAGCUGACGCGGUCGCGCUCCGGGCACCGCCUGGUGCGCGACGUGGAGACGGGCGCGCUCACCAACAAGCACAACGCGGGUCGCUCGGCCGCCGACCGCGAGCGCGCCGCCAGGUCCACGUCGGAGCCGGAGGGCUUGACCGCGGCCGCGGUGGACCCCAGGGACAUCAACGUGGACGGCGGCCUGUCCCCACUGCAGAGCCCCUCGGCGCUGAGGUCGCCGCCGCACCACCUGCUGCACUGCGACCUGGAGCAGAUCCUGGAGGAGGACGGCGUCAGCGACCGCGGCGACCUCAUGGCGCCCAGCCCCGCGUCCGCCUUCAGCCAGGGCCUCGUCCUGGACUCGGAGCCGUUCGAGCCGCGAGAGAUGGUGCACCACGCCCACGGCCACCACGGCCGCCUCGACUCGCAGCACAGCCGCCACGACUCACAGCACAGCCGCCACGACUCACAGCACAGCCGCCACGACUCACAGCACAGCCACCACGAGGGCCACCACGGCCGCCACGAUUCGCAGCACAGCCGCCACGACUCGCAGCACAGCCACCACGAGGGCCACCACGAGGGCCACCACGGCCGCCACGACUCCAACCACAGCCACCACGAGGCCCACUCCGACCUGGGGGGACCCUACGGCCACCGGUCCCACCACAUGGUGGCCAUCUGAGCGGAGCCUUCCUCCGCCAGGGACUGCCCCCGCGGAUCCACCACUGCCCACCACGGGCCGCGCAGCCCGCCGGCGUGACUGCCCUCAAAGCCAGCACACCAAGCAAAGCGCGCUGCGCUCAGAGCCACGCCGCCCUGCAAGGCGGGCCGCGCUUCUCCAAGGGCUCUACGCCCUUUCCCUUCGGUUCCUUUCGGUUCCCUUCCGCUCCCUUUGUGUCCCGCGCAGGCCGAGGCGAGCAGGCCUGCAGGCCGACCCCGUUGCGGACAGCUCUUUCCUUCCGCGUGCAACUCGUGACGUGGUGCGUGCUGCGCGGCGCGCACGACAGCAGUCUCCGGGGACGCCGCCAUUCCCCCUCCCCUGUCCUUCCCCUCACCACAGCCCCUGACUCUUUAUCUGUGUCGUCAGUGUGUGCGUGUGUGUGUGUGUGUGCGUACUUUGCUCAACUUAUCUUGCAACUACUUCAACUACUUCUUUUUUCGCCGUGAGAUAAAUGCCCCUCCCCGUCGAUCGCGUUGCUCAGUGCGACGCGUUAAGUGCCAGGGCGGUAACAGCAGGGUGUUACGGUGUUGUGAUUUCUACGUAGUUUCAUUACCUUUGUACGCUUUCGUAAUGUUUUCUACUGCUUCUGAAAUUUCGGUCUAAUGACGAAACGUUUCUUUACUUUGGCGCGUUGACAUGCGUCUCUGGACGCCUGCUGCCAAUAUCAAAACGACGUUCUAAUCGCGUUGAGCUAACUCCAUACUUUCAUUGUACAUACAAUUCCAUUUUUGGAGCUUUCAAUGACUACGGGAUUGGCGAAGAUGCCAUUCUACCAUUUUGUAUCUACGUAUAUUUGAUGGGAAAAUCUUUUAUAUCGCACAUACUGUACGUUUUGCCGAGCAAAAGCUUUCUCGCAAAGCACCGUCGUCGUUAAACGUUAAAUUGGUUUCUUCGUGUGAAAACUUUAUUACUCUGUCUCGCUUUGAAACGAAUGCAAACUAUGCAAACAUCCUCUCGCCCCUUGAAAGCCAGCGACCUCGAUGCCAAACCUCCCUCUAAGCUGUGAUAAUCAAAUGAUAUGUACGUGUAAAUAAAUCCUACUCUUAGCUUUCUAUUUGCGGGGUGAUUUGCCGCAUGCUUACGUCAUGCCCUCAUCCACCACAAAGUAAAAAGGAAAAGAUGAGCAAUUAUGAGAAAAAACGUUGUGCCGUCUGUGCAUUAAUUUACAAUACGGCCCCUCGACUCCUACUAGGCCUAGAAAGAACCCUAAAUUGUUUUCUUUUCAGUUCUGCUGAGAACUAUUGCGUCAUUGUGACUAGCUGCCUUAAGGAACGACCAAUAGCUAUUUGCGCGUUUCUCUCUUGAGUGUGACCAAUCUAGUCACGGCCCUGCGGCCUGCGGUGCACCCCGUUGUACGGGACUGGGGUUCGGAUCGACCAAACGAGGUGCAUGGCAGGAAAAGUUUAUUUGAAGGAUAUGAUUGCAUUGUGAUAUUUUUACACUUUUACCUCUACGCACCCUAUAAUCAAAUUAUCGCUAUCGUUUACAUAAAUUAAAACUAUUAUUACUAUUGAGAUUGUUCAAAACUAUAAUGAGAGUUUAUCGCAUCAUCAGCCAGUAAGACGCGCACAUAUUACAUUUACAAAUUUAUGAACGCGCCUGCGUUCGCCGAUAUAGAUUGAUGAAAGGUCAUAUUUUUCGCCUCUUCUCACCUCUAAUCAUAGGUUUUCAUGCACUAUAAAUGUAUUAAACAAAAAUGUACACUAACUUUAGGUGCCAUGGUGUAAAAUAAAUCGUCUCUCUUUUCAACUUGUUUGUAAAACUUUAAGUAAUGUUAUAAAACGCAUUUGAUUCUGGCCUCUUUGUUACUUGAUUUGUAUCUUGUCUUUCUUAACUUUUCCCGGUUGUGUUGUCUGGGCUUUGUUUGUACGAGCCUUGGAAGAAAGGCAGCCCCACGAAGCAGGAGAGCUGUACAGAACACUGUGAAAAUUUUGGUUGUCACGGAGUGACAGCAAGAUUUUACAGUGCAGUCGGAGUGGAGAGGGAGCGGUCCUCCCUCUGCGUAUCGCAUUUUUCACCUCUUUUUCUAAGGUCUUGCAGUAGUUCGUCGGUCCGAAGAGUUUCUCCUAAAGCUAAGCGAACGGUGCGUCCAGAGUGUGUCAAGGCAUGAUUGGUUGUCGCGAAUGUAAUACGACUCGUUCUCCAGUAUUAUAAAGUCUGACUUUGUGUGCGUGUAUGUGUAUGUGUUGAAAGGUGAAAGGUUAAAUCGUGGAAUAAUAAAAAGUUGUGACGCCA